CAUUUAUUCGUGCAAGGAGGCAAUGUUCCUCCAUGGGGUGAAUUUGUGUACUUGAAUCAUUAUUACAACUCUAAGCCAAUGUGCUUGAGAUGACUAACUUAUCCAUGUAUUGUGAUAGGGCCAUCGAAGGAAUAAUCAGGACAGGCAACCCAAACAAAUGGGAGAGCAUUAUUGAUGAUACUGAAUCAAUGUUAACAUCAUGGAAGGAAAAAGAACGUCGAGGAAAUCUCAUUAGUGAACUUUUAAGGGUCCAAUCAAAGAUCGCCAAACACCAAGAACAAUUCAAAUCAUGCUCAAAUAUAGAGGAGACGCUUGAAUUAUUCCUCUUCCGUUGGUAUCUACUUGGAGAGACUGAGUUUAUUCUAGAGGAUGAUGCGCAGCUAGUCGAAGCUGCAUUUGGCCGCAUAAGGAUUCUUGGAAACAAGGCAAUAACUACUUUGGAUGAGCCUUUCGUGCUACGCGCAGCCAAAAACUACUUCAUGGAAAAGGACCCUUUAUUCAUUAAAGCCGCGGAGCGAGCAAUGAUAACAUCGACCAACGCCUCAGUACAUGGGACAAUGUGGGAGACAUGUAUGCCGCCAGUUUUCAUUGAGACAUUCAGAGCUAUGCCUUUGUCUAAGUGGCCAUUACCAAGUGGCAACAGUAUUCCCGAGGAACUAAGAGGAGAUGUGACGAUUGUAGGAUACAAUAAACAGGAACAACUUGCAAUCACAUACCAUGACAUCUCGACUCAUGGCUUUAUGGAAGCACAUGUUAAUGGCAACUCAAUGCGAGGAGACAAGAGUAUUCCUCCGUUUUAUUUCCCAUCCCCUCGCGUGUCAGGCCCGGAUAUCAUUUUCAUUGUUAGUGUCAACGGAAAGAAGAUUCCAAUAUUUGUCCAGUUGAAAUUACGCGUACGUCUUCCACUUGUUGAUGCAGAAGCUGCACUUGCCACUACCAGCGAUGAAUAUAUGCAAGAAAAGAUAAAUAAGGAACACCAAAAGGAACAAAUAUCUAAAAAAGGAACGGCUGCAUCUGAGCCUCCUAGCCUGCAAGAUUUAUGUCCCUCAGGCGUUUACAUCAGUAUGAUCAUAGCGUAUCCCGCAGAAGUAAUUCGCUUCCAACGUCCCGAUCCAGAUCCCGAGCUUGGUUCUAAUCCCUCACAAGGACUAAAAAGAGUCGUCAUUAAUGUGGAUGACAGCAACUUUGGAGCCAUUUUCCCAGCAAGACAUGUCAGGUUUCUUGACAAACUAAAGAAAUUCAAAAGAAGAGCAGAGGUUGAUGAAGAACCAAGUCCAUCUAAAAAAGCACACCUCAGAAAGUCUAAUACAAAUGACUUGUAAUUACCACAAAGAAAAAACAACAAGCAAUGUAUAGCCAACAUUUAGAACAAGACAUGUAUGAACAGUUUGCUUUAUCAUGAAUUGAAUGUAUCAAGACUCUGUGGAACAA